CAGCGGACUUGGGCGUUGUACUCCGCAUCUCAUUUGCGGCGGGGCCAAUUCUCGCUCGAAAGGGAAAAAAAAAAUAUAUAUAUCGAAAGAAAUUCGCGUUUGGUUUUGCUCUUUUCGCGACAUUCUUCGCAGCUGCUGAUUUAGCCUCGUUGUUUGUGGUUAUUUCGGGCUGUGUCGCGCGCAGGGGGGCUUCGGCGUGCCUUGAAUAUUUGGGGAGGAAGCCUGCGGUCUUUGUUCAUUCAUUUGAUCGGUUGGGUUCCUUUGUUGGAACAAAGCAUGGGAGCGCAAACCUCCAAAGCCGCCGGGAAAGAGGAAGCUGCGGUUGAGAAGCCAGCCGAGGGUGCGGCUGUUGCAUCCAAGACGAACGGACAGGAGAACGGCCAUGCCAAAACCAAUGGAGAUGCCUCUCCCGCUGCAGAGGAAGCCAACAAGGCUGAUGUGCAGGUCAAUGGAAGCACACCCACCGAGGAGGCACCCAAAGGUGAGGGUGAGAAAGUAGAGGGUGCUGAAGCCAGCGGAGAGAAGGAGUCGUCCGCCACGAACGGAGAAACUUCUGCCAAGGCUAACGAAGGCACCCCGUCCACCAGCGAGGAGGGCAAGCAGAAGAAAAAGCGCUUCUCUUUCAAGAAACCCUCUUUUAAGCUCAGCGGCUUCUCCUUUAAGAAGACCAAGAAGGAGUCCGAGGAGGCGGCGGAGGAGGACGGAGCGGCGGCGGCGGGCGCAGAGCCGGCCGAAGGAGAGAAGCCCGCUCCAGAGGAUGCUGAAGAGGCCAAACCAGCUGAGGGGAGCGGCGAGGGAGCCAAGGAGGCUGCAGCUGAGGAGCCAAAGGCUGAGGAGGUGAAGGCAGAGGGAGGUGCUGAAGGAGAAGAGAAGGCAGCUGCAGCUUCUCCGACCGAGCCAGAGACGGCAGCCAGUCCAGAGGCCGCCGCCGCCGAGUAAUCCUGCUGAACGAGACACCGGAGUGAAGGAGAAGAUGUAGCCUGUCUGAAGGAAUGCGAGGACUUUUCUAAAACCAGGGAUUAUUUUUUUUUUAAUUUUUGGUUAAUUUCCUUUUUUUUUUUUGUUGUUGUAUGUUUACUACUCUGCAUCAUCUCAUCCAUAAUGACUGCAACGUCCCAGGCAGUGAUGGACAGGAGGUGCAGCGGAGUGUGAGCUGCUUCCUCACUGCUAAAUGGUGCUUGCAUUUGUAACGUGGGUGAGUGUGAAAGUGCAAAUGUGAGUGGGGGGGGGGGGUUUUUUUUUUUUUUUUUU